UAUUUAAAUUCAUAGCCAUUUAAUACAUAGUUCAUUUGUAUAAACAGCGAAGAGCCUGGAUUAAAUUGACACUCAUGACUGCAAAAGACAGCUAAGAAGAAAAAAACAAAAGAAUUAGUGCCUAAAACUUAUCUUGAAUCGAGAAAAUCUUCUAACUUUUUAAAUUGUUAAAGCUGCUUGUAGCAAGCAGCACCUACAAAGGCAAGAUUACUUCCACGUUUUCUACCUUAACCGGCAAGAUUCUUCCCCUUUCAUUCCAAACGGAAAAGACGGAUCUACAAGGGGAAGAAAUCUACGAUUUCGAGGAUCCCCACAUCGACAAACUGGCGGUCGGAAGUUUGUGCGAAAUGGGCGACCCGAGCCAAAACGGCCACGGAUGUAACAUGAAUUGUGCCGUGGAUCCAAACAGGAUACCCCUAUGUGUGGGAUGUGGCACCCCCAUUCACGACCAAUAUAUUCUCAGAGUAGCACCAAAUCUAGAAUGGCAUGCUGGAUGUCUAAAAUGUACGGAUUGCGGCCAGCAUCUCGAUGAAACCAGGACGUGCUUUGUUAGAGACGGAAAAACAUAUUGCAAACAAGAUUAUAUAAUGUUAUUCGGAACAAAAUGCAACAAGUGUGGCCUGGGAUUCACUAAAAAUGAUUUUGUAAUGCGAGCUAGAAACAAGAUUUAUCACAUAGAAUGCUUCAGGUGUAUCGCAUGUAAUAGACAACUCAUCCCUGGAGACGAAUUUGCGCUUGGAGACGAGGGACUCUUUUGCAAAGCGGAUCACGUCGAACGGUCUGUGCUUCAUACCGACAUGUUAGGUCUUCAAGGAGACCCACAUAUGACACCCGGUCUAUCACCCAUGGGCAUGCAAAACGGUGGUGUUUUGAGUCCAGUAAUGGGAGGAGUCGUACCGCCGGGGCACAUGGGAAACGGCACUCCUGGUGGAAGUUCAGCAUCUUCGGGAGGUUCAUCAGCGGGUGGAAGGCGUUCACAUAAAGAUCCAAAGACGACACGAGUCAGGACAGUUUUAAAUGAAAAGCAACUUCAUACAUUGCGCACUUGUUACGCGGCUAAUCCGCGCCCGGACGCUCUUAUGAAAGAACAAUUAGUCGAAAUGACUGGACUUUCUCCUCGCGUAAUAAGAGUUUGGUUUCAAAACAAAAGGUGCAAAGAUAAAAAACGAGCGAUUGCCAUGAAACAAAUGCAAGAUCAACACCAAAAUCCACAUCAACAUCAAGACGGCGACCAGAUUAUGUCGAACGGAGUGCACGGAUUAUCUGGCAUGCAUGGAGUCCCGAUGGUUGCUUCUGAACCGGUUAGAAACGACAAUGGAGUCAAUGCCAAACCGGUAGAAGUCCGGAAUUAUCAACAGCCAGCGUGGAAGGCGCUCAGCGAUUUUGCCUUACAAACUGAAAUUGACCAACCUUUUCAACAACUGGUUAACAACUUUUCCGAUCAGGGCCAAGGAUCGAUGUCUGAUUCGUCCGAUAUCAGCAGUAUACCAUCGGUGUCGUCAGCUCUGACGUCAUGUUCGACGCCGAUGACGUCACAGGAUAUCAACGUAUCGGUAUGCAGCUAAAAUAGAAAAUGGAGUGUUCAACUGACGAUAAGAUUAUAUGCAUAUAAUCGCCCUUGCGAGGUAUAUAUCUACAAGUAUUGUGCCGCGCCGAACAGCAUGUAAGAUUCCGGCGAAGGCAUCCGCAGGCGGGUGAUGAAGCUUACAGACCAACCAGAACUAGAUGAACUGGAUCAAAAGAUUCGCUAAUUACACCAUCAAGUUUAAGUAAACUUGACAACAAUAAUAUCCUUGCUUAUUUCACUUUCUUAUCUUUUUUUUUACUCUUUAUUCCUGUUUAUAGCAUUAUUAUUAUUAUUUGUAUCGUAUAAAGGUUUUUUUAUAAUAUAUUUUAUCGCAGUUUCGUUGCGCAUUUGUUGGCGUUUUGAAAAAUUGAUGAUUACACCUGAAUCCAUGUUUUCAUAUUUCAUUUAAAAAAUUGAAACUACCGAUGGUAAUUAUGUCAUUUGUCUCGACCCUCGUCAAUUGAACUGUACUAUGAUGCCAUCUCACUCAAACAAGACACAGCAAGUUGGUUUUCAUGAAUGCUAGAUACAAUUCCGAUCUUGAAUUUAAGCCUAAUUCCACCGGAUUAUCGCGCGAUAUACAUGUUUAUAUUUCUUUUUUCAAAUUAAUAUUCCUUCACCACAAACCCGCCCACUAUACGCCAGGUCUUAAAUAUGCCACUGAUUGUGACCUGGCUUUAGGUAUUUCGCAUAUAAAAAUUCAAAAAAUACAAAUUACUUAUAGUUAGUGAUAAGAUUACUGUUUUAUCGGAUAUUAGGUAUUUUAAUAUUUUUAUCUGUUCCGUCCACUAGUACAAAUUCAUAUAUUAUCACUCUUACACACAAAUGUAUAAAGAAGCAGUCUAUAUUCACAGUCCUACAGUUUAUAAUAUUAAAUAUACAACUUUACACCUAACCAAUGCUGCUGAAAAACUGUCAUUUUAAUUCUCUCGUAUUAUUUGUUACGCAUGACUAAUUUAUAAAUUCGAGAGUUUCUAUUUUUAAUCGUUCAAAAAUAACUUUAAGAUAUGGGAUUCUAAUGUUACCGCAGCUUUGUGUUACUUAUCUUUAUUAUUUUUUAUUAGUAUAUUAUACUCGAUACUAUUAUUAAUAUUUACCAUUAUUAUGCUAAGUUUUGCGCAUUUUCUUUAUCUUAUUUAGGUAUGAUUGAAGCGUUUUUAUCUUAAUUAAUACCGUCCAUCACUUGAAGCGAAUAAUAGUUUUUUAUACCCGAAUAAUAAAAUGCUAUAUUGUAUUAAAAUUCGAUUUCAAGUUUCUCAAAUAGUGAAGUUUGCGUCAAAAUUCUUUUGUCGGAAUAUGAACCAUUUACUCCCUUUAACUCGUACUGGAAUUUUCUCAAAUAUGAAAAAUUGGAUGCCAAAAUACAAUCUAGAUGUCAGUUUACUGAAAAACUGAACAAUUUUUUAUUAUAAAUGCCUUUAUUUAAUAAUUUGGCUCUUAUAUUUCUUCUCCGCUGCUCCUGACGACUUUUAAUUAUUUGGCUAUCAGUAACACUUUAUGUUUGUUUCGCUCAUGGUUUCUACUUGUUCGUGUAUAAAUUAAUUGAUUUGGAUAUAACAAAUCACACGUAAAAAUCUGCUUUCACUCUCGCACAAGUAACCAUUUCAAAAAAUAUCAUUGACGACUUGCACUGAAUAUACAAAAUGAUUUACAAAUUUUAUUUUGGAUGGGCAAAGGAAAAUGAUAUUUGUAAUGAAAUUCUUACCAUUUAUAUAACGUGUUUUCAAUUUAUGUUAACCACUGAUAUUAACGCAUUGUUUAUUUAUUUAUAUUUUUGUGACGUCAGAGUGUGACGUCAUGACAAAUCGUUGUAAUGUGUUGUUGUGGUAGUAGGUCAAUCGACCCAAAUUUAUUAUUACUGAAAUACAUUGCUAAAAACUA